GGCACCAAAAAUCAGUCUAUGUGGCCAUCUUUGACGAAUGUGGAUUGAAAGAAGUGUGGCAAAAACGCGUGUGUUCAGCUUCGGAAAUCGCUGAUUUUUGUGCAGAUUUUCUCUAUCGCGGCCACUCGGUGAAAGUGCCCCCAAAACGGUACCCUGGUCGAUUCCGGUGCGCUCGUGGAGACAGUGAUUGUGGUUGUGCAGGUGGAACUCGGUUCUGAUUGCCUGUAGAGUGCCGGAGGAUUUUUCUUUUUUUCGUUUUCCUCGGUCGGUGUCCGUCUUCUUUUUUUUUUCUUUGAUUCUUUUGUUCCCGUUUUCCUCCUCCUUCCCCGUUGAUUCGCACGGAUUUUUCGGUUCCGGAAUCGUUUUUUCUGUGUGCGAGGAGGAAAGGUUUGCGUUUUGUUUCCUUCCUUUCGGUUCCGGAUUGAGAAGAACAAGAAGAAAAGUUAACACCGCCCAAGUGGAGGUUUGAAUUUCUGGUGUGCAAAAGAAGAAACCCAGCAGGAAAGAUGUCUCAGCAAAACGAUUCCAACGAGAUCAGCACCAAGUUCUCCAAGCUGAAUGUGAACGCGAUGGAAUUUGUGCCGAGUUUUGCCAGCUCGACAACUUCGGCACCAGUGGUGGCGCCGGCAGCGGUAACUGUAGUUCCAACGGCCGGAUCUCCGACCACGGCCGGUUCCCCAACGGGGGCACCCACCACCACAACAGGCACCGCUUCCUCGUCCGGCGGAGGAAACACACCGACUUCCGCCGGGGCAACGCCGACGCCACCCUCGAGCAGUGCCGCCCCGACGCCGAUGGACGUCAAAGGGGGAGACGAGGAAGCCAAAACCCCGGAGAAUAAUGAAAGUGAACCACUGGACAGUUGGGACGCUGAAGAGGAUUCCAUCCUGACGCCCGAAGAUGAGGAGAUGGAAUUGGACGACGGUGAAGUGGACGGCGACAGUGUGGCAAAGGUGUCCAAAAAGAAGCCCCCAAAGGUGGAGGAAAGCAAGAGCAAGAAGGAGCAUGUGAAUGUGGUUUUCAUUGGACACGUUGAUGCCGGUAAAUCCACAAUCGGUGGCCAGAUCAUGUCCCUGACCGGAAUGGUCGACAAGCGAACACUGGAGAAGUACGAACGAGAGGCACGUGAAAAAUCCCGAGAAAGCUGGUACUUGUCGUGGGCGCUCGAUACAAAUCAGGAAGAACGAGACAAAGGUAAAACGGUGGAGGUGGGUCGUGCCUAUUUUGAGACUGAGAAAAAGCAUUUCACCAUCCUGGACGCGCCGGGCCACAAGAGUUUCGUGCCGAACAUGAUCGGUGGAGCGGCGCAGGCCGAUCUCGCUGUGCUGGUCAUUUCCGCGCGAAAGGGCGAAUUCGAAACCGGGUUCGAUCGGGGAGGGCAGACGCGAGAGCAUGCAAUGUUGGCGAAGACGGCUGGCGUCAAGCACCUGGUAGUGCUGGUCAACAAAAUGGACGAUCCGACGGUGAACUGGGACGUUGAGCGGUACAACGAAUGUAAAGACAAAAUCUUACCAUACCUCAAAAAGCUAGGAUUCAACCCAACCAAGGAUCUGACGUUCAUGCCGUGCUCCGGCAUCACCGGCAUGGGAAUCAAGGAACAGAUCAGUGAAUCCGUCUGCCCGUGGUACCGAGGGCCAGCCUUCAUUCCAUUCAUCGACGAGCUGCCUUCGCUGAACCGCAACACGGGCGGUCCCUUCAUCAUGCCGAUCGUGGACAAGUACAAGGACAUGGGUACGGUCCUGAUGGGCAAGGUGGAAUCGGGAAUGGCCAAGAAGGGAAUCAAUCUGCUGGUGAUGCCUAAUAGAACGCAAGUGUCGGUUGAUCAACUGUGGUCUGAUGAUGAGGAAGUUACCGCCGUGGGGCCUGGCGAAAAUGUGAAGAUCAAAGUGAAAGGCAUCGAAGAGGAAGACGUGUCGCCCGGAUUUGUGCUGUGCGAUGCUUCCAACCCAAUCAAAACCGGCAAGGUCUUCGACGCGCAAGUAGUUAUCCUAGAACACAAAUCAAUUAUCUGUGCAGGUUACUCGGCGGUGAUGCACAUACACUGUGCGGCGGAGGAAAUUACUGUUAAGGCUCUCAUUUGCUUAGUGGAUAAGAAGACAGGCGAGAAAUCAAAGACCCGGCCACGUUUCGUCAAGCAGGACCAGGUGGCCAUCAUGAGAAUUGAGUGCUCCGGGCUGAUCUGUCUCGAGCAAUUUAAACUAUUCCCACAGAUGGGACGCUUCACGUUGCGAGAUGAAAACAAAACCAUCGCCAUCGGUAAAGUUUUGAAGGUUAUUGAAUAAAUAAGUUUUUAAAUCAGUACACAGACAUAGUUACGAAAAGAAACAACAACGCUAUCUCGUCCUCUGCCGUAAGGAACUUGUCCCCUCAGACAGCGAAACAAGAAAAGAAACCCACUCUUACUAACAAUCUGCAAACAAAUGAAGGCAUCAAGCCGGACACUGCUUUGGCCAUUCAUCUUCCCGAUGUGGUUGAUGAAAGCUAUUAAUCGUGUGUCCAUCCAUUGUUAUGUUUAUUCCUAUCAAGAAAAAAAAACGAAUCGUAUCCACUAGGAGGUAAAUCUUUUCGGUAUUGCUUCGAAAGCAGAACAAUGUUAAAGAUCAUGGAUUCUUUCAUUGCCGGGAAACUCAACCCCUCUAAGUCCCCGAAUAGUGAAACCAAUUUUCGUUCCUUGUAGAGCACGUCGCGCGUAAAAGCAAACCAAGAUGAAACAAAACUUAAGAGAAAAUCAAGACACAAACAUACCACAUAGGAAAUGCUUAUGAUAACAAUCAUUUGUAAAAGAAGAACUAAUUGAAAAUAAAAAAAAAUAAUCGCGGAAGCGGAGGACUGAACUUAUAUACAAUAAGCGAAACACAAGAAAAUUAAAACAAACACACACACAGUAAACUAAAACAAAGGAAACGAUGAUAAAAGAAACAAGAAAAAAUGAACAUCAUACGCAUCAGGAACAAUAAUCUUAAUGAUAACACGUUAUUGUAUAGAGGAAAAAUCCAAGGCGAGCAGGUGAACCGUCAUCGAGGAAGUUUCUUCCUUCUGGUGUUCUGUCCUCGGACGGGUCUAUCUCUCCGAGAGCACGGACAGCGAUGCGCACCUACAGACAUACCAAUGGUCGAGGCAAACACAAAUCUUACUAAGAAAUCCAACCAAUUGUUACUUUUGAUUUGUUUCAUCAUGUAUAAUGCUUAUUAUUAUGAGGUUUUUAGCUUUUUGUAUUGCUAAAAGAAUAAACAAAAAAACGAGAUUGCCGUGAAAAGCUGGCGGGCGGUAAUCAAAUUCAUGUACGCAGAUAGCAUCGUUAUAGCUGAGAGAGAAAGAAAGAGAAAUUGAUUAUUAGAGGGAUACGAUCGAAGUCGAAGUUCACAGGAAGUAAGCGACAGUGACACGACGGCAGCAACUAGAAGUCGGAUCCAGAUUGUGUAUUUAACGAAGUGCUUCUCGAGAUUUUCGAACUUGUGCGUGUGUGCAGAUUGUAUGUUCGUAGUAUGAAUGUUGCGAUAUGCGCGGUACCAGAGGGCGGGUUUUCACCAUUUAGGAUUGAAUAUAGAGAGAGUAGCAGCAGCUUCAAAUGACGCCUUUUUUAUUCGCCUGGAAGCAACCGGACCCGGGAUUGAUUGUAUGCAUGCACGAACGCGGGUGUGAUUGGGUAAGGUAUCGAAAUGAGAAUUAAUUUAACUAGAGCUAAAUACGCUAAAAAACAUUUACACAAUUUACACACAUAAACCGUUGAGGGACAGAUUAAUGAAGAAAUAAAAAAUAAACAUGCAGUAGCAUACAAACCGCAUUGAGACAAGAUAUUAAUCCUUGUUCUGUUUCGAGCUAGAAAGGCUAAAAAACGAACACACAAACAAUAAAAUUGUAAUCUAGAAAAGAGAGAGUAAAGAGGGUUAAGCGAAAUGAAAAUAGAAUUGAAACGGAGCAGAUAGCGAACAGCCAAGAGAGAGGGUGAAACAGCAGCAAAAAACAACUAUUCUACAUUUAAUCAAAAACAACAAUGGAAACUCCUUUAUCUAAUUAUAAUUACUAUUUUCGUUUUUUAUUUGUUUAUCUUUUAAAGAAAAGAAGUAAAAUAAACACCUCUUUAAAAACACAA